AUGACAAAAGCUGUUUGCAGUAUAUCGAUCAUCUUCGUCAUCAUUGGACAAAUAUCGGCCACAACUACGAACAGCCCGAUAGUGUCUCCGCAAUGCUAUAACUAUACAUUGAUCAAUGAUCCUACAAGAAGUAUCAACGUGACUUCGAGUGGAUCUUCCGCCUGUGAUACAAGUAUUUUCAGUUCUACUCCGAUGUGGGUGCGUUUUGUCGGUUCAGGUGGCUCAACAAUUCCCACAAGCGCAGUUGCGUACCAUCAAUGUAACACUGAUGCACCUGGCUGGUAUUCUGGAAACAUGUCGAUUGAUGUGGAUACAACCACAAGUGGAUCUGUAUGUUUUGCAUGGGGUGGUAGCAAUUGUUCUUGGAACAGUACUAUCUCCGUGACUAACUGUGGAUGGUACUAUGUGUAUGAGUUGGUUGCACCUUCAACUUGUAGUUUACGCUACUGUACUGAUGAACCAACUAAUUGGACUGAACCUACAACUCCAGCUCCAACGUCAAAUACACCGAUAGUGUCUCCUCAAUGCUACAAUUAUACGUUGAUCAAUGAUCCUACAAGAAGUAUCUACGUGACUUCGAAUGGAUCUUCCGUCUGUGACCAAAACAUUUUCAGUUCUACUCCAAUAUGGGUGCGUUUUGUCGGUUCAGGUGGCUCAACAAUUCCCACAAGCGCAGUUGCGUAUCAUCAAUGUAACACUGAUGCACCUGGCUGGUAUUCUGGAAACAUUCCGAUUACUGUGAAUACAACCACAACUGGAUCUGUAUGUUUUGCGUGGAGUGGUAGCAAUUGUUCUUGGAACACUACUAUCUCCGUGACUAACUGUGGAUGGUACUAUGUGUAUGAGUUGGUUGCACCUCCAGCUUGUAGUUUACGUUACUGUACUGAUGAACCAACUAAUUGGACUGAACCUACAACAGAAAUGGCAACAGAAGGUAAAUGA